AUGGCGCCGGGGAACUGGCAAGCGACGAGCAGUAUGGAGCCCCUCGCACUUGUGCGGGUCGUGAGCUUUAUGAGCUGUUCGCCAGGGGCAGCACACUGCUUCUGUGCCGCCCGGCUUCUAGAACCUUUGUUGCUGCAGAACCGACCCGGCGAUCGGUGGGCUGCGUGGACUGUGUCAGUCGUGCCAACGUAUCAGAGCGGAGUGUUGGAAAGCGUUGAAGCAGAGCGCCAGGCCCUCUAUUGGCGCUUAGGAUUCGGCCGGAUGCUGGAGACGGGACCUGCUGGCAGCCAGCAGACCAGUUGGCAGCGGCACAAGGCGCAGCUCCGUUACCGCCGUGGGCGAGCAGCUGGUAAGGCCAGGACCAGGUCGACGGGAAGCGACAAAGUUUUGGAGGCGAGAUCUGACCCAAAGCCAACCCAGAGACCGGUUGUCAACGUCACCGUCGACUGA